AUGUCGCCGAGAGAGGAGAAACGCGGAUCGCUACGAAAGCGGGCAGGGUCGGUCGCGGACUCCCCAUCCACUGCCCUGAAGAUACCCAAAGAUGAUUUCACACCGAGGACCCAAGUAGUCAGGAAUGCACGGGGCUCUUCUCGCGUAGGCCAGGGUAGAAGGGGAGGCAUACUGGGUGCGAGGGAGCCUACUUUGUGGAGCAGAGUUGAGGGACGGGUCGAAGAAGCAGCCGUAAAUGGUGAGGGUGGAAAGGGAGGGCAUGUCGAAAAAAGAAGUGGGUGCAAUGUUGGUUAUGUUCACCAGGCGAAGGUUUUCCAGGUGAUUGCCUACAAACCAGAAAACGGACUCCUCCAAAAUAGCCCCGUGGAUUGGGGUCCAGCACCGGCUUUCGAUUGA